AUGAUCAAACAUCAAAGUCCGUUGCAUUUGAACUCAUAUAGACUCAAGUACGAACCAAAGGAGCAAGAUAUACCAUGCAUCAUUAGAGAGGUCCUAUUUGCUCCACCUUGUCCGAAUGAAGAAAUUGCCAAAUUAAUUGAAGUUUCGUUGAAUUAUCAUAACUCGAGCUUGUAUCAACAAGCCAUUGACGGAUAUAUUCGUGCUCAAAAUUUAUGGAUUGAAUACGAGUACAUUCAACGAAAAAAGGAAUUGAUUGAUAUGAGAAUGGAAGACUUUGUGGAAAUAUCAAAAAAUUUGGAUCUCAACGAGCAGAAUGAACGACGACUUGCUUUAGAAAAAAGACAUUGA